AUGAAGUGGCCCAUUGUAUUCGAGCGCGACACAACACCACGGUACACCCCCGUGCGGCAGGCAAGCACAGACAACAACAGCCUGCUCCAGGCAAUGGCGGCGCACUCGGCGUCUCAAGCACCACGGAGCGACAAGUACGCUCCUGCUGCGCGGUACGCGACCGCCUCGUCCGACGACGAAAGCUCGGGCAGCAGUGGCUCCGACAUGGACCUCGAGGCUGCACGCCCAAUAUUCAAGUAUGUCGGCUCGCCAUCGACACGCCGACUGCGCCCCUUCAUGGGCAUGCGGACAACACGCACAGUGGCUCUCUGUAUCGCAGGUCUCGUGUCCGUCCUCAUCACCUAUCACCUCAUCCUCCCCACGGACCUUGCCACAAGGAUCAUCCGUCCCAUCGAGACGCCACAGGACAUCCCCAAGUGGUCCUACGACGACGACGACGACGACGCCUACUCGUACUAUGGCAACACGACGGGGCCCGAGUCUGAAGGCUACGCCAUUGCGAGCGACCAGACCCACCUUCUCGUGCCCGUCAAGCGACUAACCGCGCCACCACCACGCCUCCUUCUGCCCAUGGACUCGCGUCCAAGGCUCGACCUCCUUUCCCACUUUUACGUCACUGGUCAGCUGCCAGUCGGCGGGCGUUCACACACCCAAGCUCCCAUCGACCUCGUGUACAUGUAUGUCAACGCAACGUCACCAUACUUUGGCCCUGCCAAGGACUCCAAGGUCAACGAGGAGAACAUCCAGUCGCUCAAGGGCAAGUUCCGCCACUGGAGAGACAACGGCGAGCUUCGCGGCGCGGUUCGAUCUGGUGCCAUGGCGCUCGGCAAGUAUGUCGGUGCAGUGCACCUCGUGUCGGCGGCGUACGACCUUCCAGAGGGCGCCGAGGUGCCGCCAGAAGCCGAGGCUCUCGUCGCCAACGGCACUGUGGCAUCCGGGACCCACUGGCGGAUGGGCCAGAUUCCAGAGUGGCUCAACACCGAAGACAAGGGCAACCUCCGCAACCACUUCCACCCCGACCUCUUCCGUCUCCCCCGCGACAACGACGGCAAGACGCCGCCAAGUAUUUCCAAGCUCGACGAGGAGGACUGGCAGCGCAAGUCGCUCCCGACGUUCAACAGCUUCUCGAUCGAGAACCGCGUCGGCAUGAUCCCUGGCCUCGCCGACACCUAUAUCAUGUCCAACGACGACAUGUUCAGCCUCCAGAUCAUGGCCCCCACCGACUUCCACCACCCUCUCCUCGGCCCCGUUCACCGUCUCGACCCGGGCAUGACGGUCGAGCCAAAGCUCACGCCGACGCUCUUGUCGAGCUCGGGCGAGUGGGGCGGCCUGCAGCACGCGGCGUACCUCAUCUCUCAGCGGUUCACGACACGCCAGCGCAUGUACGAGCACCACAUGCCCAAGGCCAUGUCGCGCAGCUUGACACACGAGGCGACCAUCAUGUUCGCCGAGCCGCUCGCCGAGGCGACGACGCGUACGUUCCGCGAGAGCACGCGCGGCGUUGGCGACAUUGAAAUGUCGUGGCUUGUCACUCAGCUCCAGAUUGAGCGUUGGCGCGAGGCCCUCCUGUGGAGCUUUAUUGUCGCCCGUGUCGGCGGCCCCGAGGGCAAGUGGGGCGCCAGCGCCCGUGACGAGCUGCGCCGCGUCCUUGGCGUCGACAAGGGCGAUGAGGGUGACGUUGUUGUCGUCAAGAGCGGCCGCCGUGAGACGAUUGUCGACGUGCCGUAUCUCGACCGCCACGGCGGCUGGGAGGACCCCAAGAACAGUUUCUACAAGUGGUCUUCCUUCGACGGUCACCUGCCCUCCGACCCCGAGGUGGAGAAGGAGCGUACCUGCUACUUCUCCAUCAUGCAGUGCCUGCCACGCAAUUUCUUCGACCACUCGACCGAGUUUGAGGCGCACGAGAUCUUCACGUCCUUGGCGUUUGAGAAGCCAGCGUGUGGCGACUGCCUGAUCACCGCGCUCGUCACCGCCUCUGGCAUACGUGGCCUGUCUGCGUUCCUGCCCGACGAGGAGGCAGUCUUCCAUCCAACCAAGAAGGCGCCCGAGGGAAUGUGGCAUCGCCCCGAGCCGAUCCUCCCCCUCACGCCGAAUUGGCGCGACGCCGACUUCUCGAUGGCUGCGAAUGUGCGCCGCGGACAGGACGUGUGGGAGGGCGCACCGGCACGCGCCGACGCCGGCGUCAACCUGCGCAACUGGGUUGUCAAGCUGCUCUCGCGCUACGCUUACGUUUAUGGCACGUCACAUGUCAAGUUUGCCAUGGUGCACACUGUGCUGCACUUGCACAAGGCGUUGAAGGAGAUUGACGCGGACCCCGAGAUCUCGAUGCUGUGUAUCAAUGACGACCAGCCAGACUAUGCGCGCGAGGUCGUGCGCCUGAGCCUCAGCAAGUGGAUGGAGGACGAGUUUGGCGGGGAGAACAAGUACGUGCGAUGGGAGAGGCCUAACUGGCCUUGGGUGUUACCGGCGCCAUCGGAGGUACCGGCAUAGUAGAGGUAGAGAAGAACGAGCGUUAGCAUCUCGCUCGCAUCAUUGUACCAGUACCAUGUACAACACUGCAU